AUGAACGCCAUCGUUUUCAACAAGCUCAGCGGCGCCGUGCUCUUUGAGGACCGCGGAGCUCCGGAGCGGGAGAGGGGCAGCCGGCCCUACGGCGGCGUCCUGGACAGUCCCCACGCACGCCCCGAGGUGGGCAUUCCCGACGGCCCGCCGCUCAAGAACAACCUCGGCCUGAGACACCGGCGGACAGGGGCCCGGCAGAACGGCGGGAAGGUGAGGCACAAGCGGCAAGCUCUGCAAGAUAUGGCGCGGCCCCUCAAGCAGUGGCUUUACAAGCACCGUGACAACCCGUACCCCACCAAGACGGAGAAGAUACUCUUGGCCCUCGGCUCGCAGAUGACGCUGGUCCAGGUGUCAAAUUGGUUUGCUAAUGCGAGACGUCGCCUUAAGAAUACUGUUCGGCAGCCAGAUUUAAGCUGGGCUUUAAGAAUAAAAUUAUACAACAAGUAUGUUCAAGGAAAUGCCGAGAGGCUUAGUGUGAGCAGUGAUGAUUCAUGCUCUGAAGAUGGAGAAAAUCCUCCAAGAAACCACAUGAAUGAAGGGGGCUAUAACAAGCCCGUUCACCAUCCUGCGAUGAAGACUGAGAGCUCAGUGAUCAAAACGGGGGUGAGACCAGGGUCCAGUGCGAGUGAGGACUACGUGUCGCCCCCGAAAUACAAGAGCAGCUUGUUGAAUCGUUACCUUAAUGACUCUCUGAGGCAUGUCAUGGCCACAAAUGCCGCCAUGAUGGGAAAAACAAGGCAGAGAAACCAUUCGGGGUCAUUUAGCUCCAACGAAUUUGAGGAAGAAUUAGUGUCUCCAUCUUCAUCAGAAACUGAAGGCAACUUUGUCUAUCGCCCGGACACUCUGGAAAAUGGAUCCAGUAAGGGUGACAGUGCAGCCAACAGAAAGGGAGCCAGCAAGGACGACACGUACUGGAAGGAGAUUAAUGCAGCCAUGGCCUUGACAAAUCUGGCGCAGGGGAAAGACAAGCUGCAGGGCACGGCCAGCUGCAUCAUCCAGAAGUCUUCGCAUAUAGCAGAAGUAAAGACGGUCAAAGUGCCGCUCCUGCAGCCCUUCUAG